UGCUGUACAGUAGGACAGCUGAGCUUUAUUUUGCCUCCCAGCCGUGACACCACUGUAGUGCAGUUGGACCUGACGUCUAACAUCCACAGCAUCACACACUCCAACCAACCGGUCACGGCAGCUUUGCACGUGAGUGGCGGCACGAGCAGCUGGUUCACCACAACACAGCCUGUCAGGAAUUGCUAAGGCUGGUUAGCAUGGCCACUGAUGACGGCAGAUAAAGAGUUUUCCUGGAGUGCUGUGGAGCCAACCUGAGAGUGGCAGAGGAGUUGCUGAUGAAUUUUGGAUGGGACGUUUGUGGGAGGAGGAAAACAAAACCAGGAAGCAAAAGAUCAAAACGAAUCAGAGGGGACGGCAAUAACAGCCGCUUAUGAAAGACAACUCUGAUUCGCGCCUGGGCCGCAUCCUUCAUCCUCUCACCGUGCCACAAAAUCCCCAUCAAUCUCUGUCACAAUCCGUCCUCUUCUCCUGUGCGCCAUCCCUUUAUUCUCCCCUCCUUCAGAACAUAGCUGAACCCCCUUCUACAGACCAGUGAUCAUUGCAGCAGAAAAAAAAAAAAAAGAACAAGGGGUGACGAGACAAGCUGUCACUAAGCACAGGAGGGACCCUGACUCGCUGCCGGGUGUGAGAAAACAGCUGCCUCUCGCUUGAGCACAUGGGCUGUUAAUGAACAGAGAUGGCGGUGAGACUGGCCGGUGCCACCCUGUCCUCUCGACCACCCUCCCGACCUCCGACGGCCUCUGCCCGGACAGGUUAAGGUUGGUCCAUCGGCAUCCAUCGCAGCAUCCGCAGCAGCUGGCUGAGCGUGGGAAGGAGCAGUAUGCAGGAAACUGACCUACCAGCUACAAAUGCCUUCAAAGAGUGCAAGUUCCACUGCACCAACGGGAAUUGCUUGCGUCUGGGCUCGCUGAUCUGCAACCAGCUGAAUAACUGUGGGGACAACAGCGACGAGGAGAACUGUCCCGUGGUGACCCAGCACCCUCCACCUGGAAUCUUCAACUCUGAACUGGAGUUUGUUCAGAUUGUCAUCAUCAUUGUGGUGAUGACAGUGAUGGUGGUGGUGAUCAUCUGCCUGCUCAACCACUACAAGCUCUCCACCUGGUCCUUCAUAACACGGCAGAGCCAGGCCCGCAGGCACGACCACGCCCUGCAGCAGGAUGGCUGUCUGUGGCCUUCAGACAGCGGAUCCCGACAAGGUGCCUCAGAGGUAUUAUACGCUCCCCAGGCCAGGGAUCGCUUCACUGCUCCCUCCUUCAUGCAGCGCGACCGCUUCAGCCGCUUCCAGCCCACCUACCCCUACAUGCAGCACCAGAUCGACCUGCCGCCCACCAUAUCGUUGUCAGACGGCGAGGAGCCCCCGCCGUACCAGGGGCCCUGCACGCUUCAGCUCCGCGACCCCGAGCAGCAGAUGGAGCUGAACCGGGAGUCGGUGAGGGCGCCGCCCAACCGGACCAUCUACGACAGUGACUUGAUCGACAUAGGGAAUGGCGGGGGCCUGGUGGGAGCCGGGGGGGGCCUGGGAGGAGGGGGCCCGAGGCCGCCCAGCAGUAACUCUGGCAUCAGCGUGGCCAACUCCUGCAGCCACGGGCGCAUGGAGGGGCCCCCGCCGGCAUACAGUGAGGUGAUGGGUCAUUUCCCAGGCUCCACGUUCUUUUUACACCAGCACAGCAAUAACCAGAGAAUAGGGAGACCGGGGGAUCCGGGGGGACAGGGGAGCAGGACGAUCCAGCAGCAGGGCCAAUCAGAAAGCACAAUAGUACCUGCCAAGGCCAAGGAUGGCCAACCAGAGGACCUGGUGUGAGGAAAGGGGGCGUGGGGCAGGCGGGGGCCAAGCCCCCCAGACUCAGCACCGUCUCCUAUGUUUACGGCUGACAUGGAAGUAUCGGCCUCUGUAUCGCUCUGUCGCUCUCAUGUCCUCUCUCCACACUCCCGCACACAAACAAAUCUCGACCCGAGCUACAGCAAAACAAGGAAGGAGAAACCCAGAGUUGAUUUCAUUUCAUUUUCUAUCCAGCCGGCACCGCUGGGGAAUUUUUAUUUCCUUCUUCUCUUGGAGAGAGAGAGAAAAACUCUAGCUAGCACAGCCUUUGUGUUUUUUUUUCAUUCGGUGAAAGCUCUACGAUGGGAACGGGGGAGAAAGUUCCUAUUUUCUUUUGUCUUUUUGAUUUGCUUUUCGGACCGGGAUCUGUGCACAACGCGAGAACUGAGAACCCAGGACAUACAGAGAACACAACAAAAAACAAAACUAAAGACUCACAAACCCAAAUCUUAGUGCCAAGGUUCACGAGGAAGCAAAGCAAAGAGGGCAAAUAACAUCUUCUAACAUUCACAACACAACAAAAAGAAAAGUUCCCUAAAAGUUGCACUAUCUCUUUUGUCGUAAGAGAGGAGGGACAUGAUGUCAUGUGAGGCUGACGUUUGUGUUUUUUCAUUUAAUUUUUGUUUCAGGGUUACUCUUUGCUUUUUGUUGUUGUUGUUGUUGUUGUUUUUUUAAAUCAAGGGUUUCUUUUCAUGGAUGGACUGAACGACUGACUGAAGUCUCGCUCCAAAGUUGUCAAAAACAGAUGAAAGAAUUGAACAAAAACUAACAAGUAUAAGCUUAUCUCCAUCCUUUUAUCCGAAAAGCGCAAGAAAUCCUUGAGCCCAGCCUAAAAGAUCUGUUCACACAACAGGCACACUGAAACUUAGUAAGAGAAUAACCGUGUACUGCUUUACGUCUGCUUCCUAAUCGGGGAGAGAGAUCUGUCUUGUGACCAAGCAGUGAUGCUUCUUAAAAUCUUGACUAAAAAGAUUUUAGUCAGUUCAAAUCUUGAACUAACUAAUGAUUUAAACCAAGCUUAAAGGGGCAGUAUUAUGUAUAAUCGACUCUUUAUGAGCUUUACAUCAUGCUGUAACUUUAAUCCCUCAUCAAAAACAUACCUGGAGUUUUGCCUUGAUUCUUUCAUGCGCGUUUAAAAAAAUUCUAUAAUCUCCAUGCCAACCAUCAAGCCAGGCAAAUUUCCAGGGUGUAAAUUCAGACCUAGCCAGCAGCAGUUAGCAAGCAUCUGGUGGAACUGCAUAUCUGCUGAGCUCAUUAUUAUUAAAAAUUUUGUUAAAAGAUUAAUAAAUGAGCCUUGUUGUGAUGACUUCCUGAAGGGCAGGAGUUUUUAAAGACACAAAGGCCAAAUUUCAAGGUGUUAAGUUAAAAAAAGUCAAAUUUCUUUUAAGUCAUAUUUGAUAUGUAGAGCAGUUUUAUAAGAACUGAAAGUAACACAAUUACUGGAUUGUGCAAUAAAAUGGCACUGUGUCCCUGAAAAACGCAUAAUCCCGCCCCUUUAAAACUGUGUUUUGACUCCCUGGGUAACAUCAACGUGUGUUAGGUUUUAUUUGGCGUCUUGGUCAAAGGAGGUUCUUCUCUCCAAACCUGUCCUGUUCUCCGAGUACCUGACCCUUUUCUUUGUCGACCCGCACAGUGCAUUCUGCCACACGGGUCUCAGAACCCUCCCACAGGUCUGCCAACUAAUAGAAGGCUCAACGCUCCGUCUUCACAUCAGCGAUGGCCCACACACACACACACGCACACGCACACACACACACACACAACAAAAAGAUCAAGUAAAGAUCGCUUAAAUAAGGAUUCCACUAAACAAACUGACUGUGGUUGAAGUCAAAGGGCUACCAGAGGGUCCUUUUUGAUAAACUAGAAAAUCUAGCCUUUUUUUCACCUCAUUGUUGCCUUCGAUCUCUGCUGUUACGCUUGCUCUAUCUCACUUCAGCACAUUUCAGUGCACCUUCUUCCCCCUCCACUCCCGCCCUGCAAAGAUAAACUGCUCAUCGCCCCAUCCUGCCAUUUGUGUGCAAAGAUGAUGCAGAGUCAGCCAAGCCCUUUAAAGCUGAGACUGGAGUGGAGUCGUCGUUUGGCAGCAUGCUGAUGCAGUCUCCUCCUUGCAGUACGAGUGUUUCGGCGUGUUUGUUGCUCAGACCCUAGGCAACACUGAAAAGCACUUAAAGCUCCUGCAUGGGUAUCGUAUGUGUGCAUGUGUGUACAAGCUGAGUGAUUUCUGAUCUGACUGGUUAGAGUUUUUAACAUUUAAACACAUGUUUGUUUGUUUUUUUGUUUGUUUGUUUGUUUGUUUUCUCCUGUUUGAAUUCAGCAAAGCAUUUCUUAAAAACCCAGGAAUGGACGAGGGUCAGUAGCCAAAGAGACGCAACAGGUUCUAGUAACAUUCACAAAGUUAGCUUCAGAUUCAGUUUCAAGCUGCAGCAAGGCGUCAACACUUCUCCUGACAAAUUAACUUUCUGACCAUUCCAACCCGCUCAGAUCUGGUGGAAAUAAAUUCAGGUUUGCAGCGACAGAGAAGUAAUGACUCACGGGAUCAAAUGUCAGUUCUCAGAUCACAUCAUAUUUAUCUAAUUUGCUCAAUCUACUAUCAUACAAGCUGCAUUUCCAUUGACCAUAAAAAAUGCGCGAAUUACGUAAAUAAAUUCUCUCAAUGGAAACUCACUAAUUCUGGAACAAACUUGUUUUUCUAUAAAAAGUUUUAGCAUUAGGAUGAGGUGGUUUUUUUCAGCCAUAUCGGAACAGAUGUCUUUCGCAGAACUGUAAUAGAAGCAGUUUAUUCCCAUCACACAAGUCACAUAAUCAACAGCCUGAUGCUACUGGCGGAAAUGACAAACAAGAUGACAGGAAGUGGUGGUUGGAGGAUGAUGGUUUCUUUUUGGGGGUUUUUCCAGACAAUAUACAGCUGGCUCCUCCAGAGCUCUCACAGCAUCACACAGUUCAUAAAGAGUUGUGUGUCAUUCCAGCGUGUUUAAUCCAAAGCUCUUCUGUAAACACACCAACAACAUAAUUGCAUGUAUAAGUGGUUUGUCGCUCCACUGCCUGUAUAAGAAACUGGUGUCUCCUAAGAUUGGCUGAUAGAUUAGCGCUAACGCCAUGGCUGAAUUAUGAACAUAUUUCAUGUUUACAACCCUCGUUGCCAUGGCUUAUCACAUGAAUAAACUUCACAUGUGAUUCUAAUUUCCUAUUUAAUGGAAAUGACAGAAUGUCAAAUUUUAGGGUUUUUUUAUAUUAAUGGAAUAUAGACAAAGAUUUGCUCAUGUUUGUAAUGGAAACGCAGCUAUUCUUGCUUCUAUUGCCAUGCAUGUUUCUAUCUAACAGUAAGGAACAUUGUGGAACAUCAGUGUCACAUUUAUACAUUUUUGGUGUCACUUUUGAUGCAUCCCUAAGUAAAAUAAUGUGUGCAGAUUGGGUUAUAUGGUGUACAUUACAGCGUUUCUUCUUUUCUAGCAGAUUAGGCUGCUUUUAUCUUGACAUCGUAUUUUAUUGUUUUCCAUUCCUAAGUGAUUCAUGCUGCUGGCAAACUUAAAGUUGCUUUCAUUCAACCAGGAAGUUUGAUCUGAAUGGAAACAGGAAUGUCGAACCGUAAACCUUACUGUUUGCUUACGAUUCAGAAUGCCGCGACGCAGUUAUCAACUUACUGUCAAAGUAAGACGACACACAACCGUACAGCCCUCUCCCCUUCGCUAGUAUCUAAGAGACCAAAAUGUUUUGGAUAACAAAUUGAGCUCAAAUGUCUCAGACAAAAAGAUUAAACAGAACACAUCAAAGCAAUGUGUAUCCUGUGCUCUGAAUGAAGGAAAUGUUAGUGGAUCUCUGCACAUUUCUACUGACCAAACAUUUGGCAAACUCAGCUGUUUGAAUCAUUAGAGGAAUUUCUAUUGGCAUUCCCGCAAUCAGAUCUUCUUUGAAUUUCUAUUCUGGUAUUAUUGACCAGUUAAUAAUAUUACUUUCAGUUGGAAGAAACAUUUUCAUAUUAAGUGUAAAUCUACCAAAUUCUUAACUAAUUUUGAACCUAACUGUGUAUUGGUUGUCUUUGACUGCCCCCUGUUGGUGAAGCACUUCAAAACAGUGUCGCUGCAAUAUGAGAUGCAGCUGAAGGCCAUGAAGCUGAGGAGCAUUUUUACCCUUAUGAUGGUGAUAGUUAUAAUGUAUCUACUUCCACAACUGAAAAACAAGGCAGGUAAACAUAUUAUGAUGAAGGUUUUCAAAUGUUUGACAGUGGUUCUCUCUAGAUCCAGACUUUUGACUACGACUAUUUUUUUUUAUUUUACCAACUAGAACUUUGUGCAGUCUUUAGUGAAUUAUAGACUAACGACUUUAGAUCUCUUCUCAGGAGAUCUGUUGGACGGGUCAGAGAAUAUAAAAUAUAAAGAGGCUGAAUUAAUUUCGACACUGUUUUACCCCCCCAACUUUGAAUUGAGUUGGGUAGAGACGGAGCAGACACAUUUCCAGGUGCAGUAACACCUUAACUUCCCUGGAGUUCAGCCAUCAGCUGCAGCCUCUUUACACUGUAGUGCGACUUGAGCAGUACUAAUACAGUGAAAGUGAAUUAGAAAUAUCAAACUGAAACAGAAAAUGUGCCUGGAAGUCCACAUGUUCCUCCACAUUGUGUUUUUUAACCCUCCCGUGGUCUUAGCGCGACGCUCAGGAGGACCGCAGCGGAUGAUACGGUCGGACAGCGGAGAAGCUGUCAGACCGUCAGCUCCCAAAACCCCACACAGAAAACAUCUUGUAAAAGUGCAAAAAGCUUGUGGUGUUCAAAUGGCCCCGUCUCUUAAGACCGCAGGAGGGUUAAGCUAAAGCUAGAUUUUCAGUUCUAACAAAACAAAGAGGGACGUUUGACUCACUUUGGGCUAAAGCGCCUGAAUCCCUUCUACUUCAGUGUGUUUGAAUGUAUGUAUGCAGAUAUCCAACUUGUAUCUUUCUGCUUGUGUGUGUGUGUGUGUGUGUGUGUUUGUGUGUGUGUGCUACUACAUCGCUGCUGCUAUUGCUGUUGCUGCUACCACUGUCUUUGCUACUGCUGCUUCUCGCAUCCCUCCCUCAGCCAGCCUUCCUCUGUCUUGUCCAUCCUGUCCUUCUCCACUCAUCUUAAGCUUACGAGAGAAAGCUGCAGUGAACCCCACAGGUACCUGGGACUCCCGGUACUUUUGGUCUUUAGCUGCAGGGAGCUGCUUCACACUCAAAUCUCUUCUAUGGUUUUCUUCUUUUCCCCUUCCCGCCCUUCUUUUUUUUUUUUUUCUUUUUUUUUUUUUUUUAGCUUGUUCGUACUGCGCAGUCAUAAGCUUGUAAAUGGAGGAUAAAUAAGAUAAAUUUUAUGUUUUCUACAAGGAGGUUUGCAUGUUACUAAUAUAUGAGUAAAUAUGGUGCCUAAUGUUCAUGUUUGAGCAGACCACGCCUCUGUCGCACUGCUUCUCGGAAUCCAGGCAGGCGCCGUCUCCGGUCUGGCGGAGUACAGCUGAAGUGUUCACCGUCCUUCCAGAAUCAUCUAUUUCUGGGCAAUCAAAAGCUUUCUGAACUCUGAACUGGAUCUGAUCCCAAAUUUCAUCUGAAAAAGUCCAUUCGGAUAUCAAUCAAGCCCCCUCCCCCUCUCCUAUUCUCACCUGAAAGCACCCAAAGGUAUUCCGAGCAGCACUGUAACGGGACUGUGGAGCAGACAUAGGAACCCACUUGCACUCAAAAAGCUCCCACCUUCGUUGUGCCUCACUUCCAACGGUGCUUUUUUCAGUAGUCUGUCUAUCUUUAUGUUUGUUUGUACGGUGCUGUAUAUAACUUGAAUAUAUUAUGCACAUAUCCUACCCAAUGGGUAGAAACCACAAAAAAGAUGUUGUGAAUAAUGUAAUAUACUGUAUAGACAAUAUAAAAAUUUUAAGAGGGCAACAUUGAAUUUGUAAAUGCCUACAGUUAAAAAUGUGCUUUGUCUUUUUUUUUUUUUUUUUUUUUCCAUAAGAAAACAUGUUUUUCAAAGUAUGCUCAGAAUAUAUGGUUGCAACACAAAUUUACAACUUCUGAUAUUUUCUUAAUAAUAGUCUGUUAUGAUAUGGCUGAGCUGAGCUUCAGUAGCUUGUCGAUGAGUUUCCUCUGUGGCAGCGCCAGCCGUCACUCAGAACCCGGACACAAGGUGCCGGGUUCGUCCCGACCGACGAACAGAUGGAAUGUUCUAUCAGAAUGAUCUUUUAGUAUCACAGAUGACUCUAUUGGACAUUAAGAAUAUUUAGUUAUCUAUUUAGUUUUAACUAAAUUCAGAUUUACUUGCAGCAGCUCAGAAAACGUGAACAAAUGCAACUUUGCAUUUUAGUGCAUUUAUUCAGUGGGAAAAAUGCAAGUAAAGGAAUAGUUAAUUUUUUUUAGGUAAACUUUUUUUUAAAGUUGAUUAGAGUAUCAAAGAAUUUAUGAUUAGUAAUCCAUAAUAUUCUGUUACUCUGGGGAGCAAAUAAUAAGUAGCACAUCCUGUUGCUGUAGCAUCUUAGAUGUAGGAAAAAAACCUUCUGUUAGGUUUGGCAGAGGAUCUGUGAUGCUGUGGGCUUGUUUUUCUUCCUGAAGUCUGAGAAACCUCAUUAAUGUGCAAAAACAUAAUUUUUUUUAAUAUACAAGAAAAUCCUUUUUCAGAUUAAAAAUUUGUUGAACUAUUAUUUAAAAAUGUGUCCUUAGUCCUAGAAGGGACGGGUGAGACAUUUAAGACUUUUGUAACAACCAUUAUGGAUGGAGUUUAAGAAUGGUAUCUCUAAAGGCAUGCAUGAACGUUGUCCAGUCAACUGGUGAUAAAUUUACACUGACCCGUGAUGGACGGCAAAAAGCUUCCUUGCUAGCUAGGAAGGGAAUGUUAGCAUAGAGUCAUAGAACACAGUCAAGAUGUCUGUGUGCGACUCAAGAAAAAGAAUACAUAGAACUUACAAUUAAAGAGUCCUUCCAAGAUGAAAUGUAAGACCUGUAAUUAGCUUAUUUAAGGCCAACUAACUUUUUUAAAACUAAUUGAAGGCAUUUUAAGGCCUUCAUUUUUAGAUACACAAGUUUAAGACUUUUUAAGGAUGCACUCUGUGGUGCAACAUUUGCAGAAGAACCCCCAGUAGGUUGAGGCAGUAGAGGUUCUGUAAAAACAAAUAAAAAAUCUGAAAUUCCCCACUGAAUAAAUGUUCUGAAGUUCAUCAUUUUAAGUGCUGCAGCUAAAGCUGGAUGUAUUUGAAGUUUUGAUCUUUUAUUUUUAUUUUUUGACAUCCUUGCCAGACGUGCCAACGAAUGAGCCAGGCUCAUCAGCCUCUGUGACGGCAGCAGUUGGGAACAUGUCAGUUUGACUGGAGUUUUACUUCCUGUCAGCGGGGAGACUCGUCGUCAGGACGACGGCAAGGCGAAGCACCAGAGGAAGUUAGCUUCACGAGUUUGCACCAGCAGCAGGCAACGAGCUCCGGGUUAAACGCUAUCGGUUACUUUUACUCUACUAUUUAGUCGCUUAUUUUCUACAUAACAGCAGUCAGUAUACGUGGCACAAUGUAUAACGGGCAUCAUGUUUAACCUGCAGCCAAUUACUUCUAAUAUGUACUAAAAAGAACUCCACUGUACAAUAACUGCAGAGCAUGUUCAUUCUUAUCUAUAGACGAUGUACAUAGCUACGCGCCAUUUUUUUUCUUCUUCUUCUUCUUCUUCUUUUUUCUUCACAGCACCAAAUAAGUGGCACUUGUGUUGUUUUGAUUUGGGGAUAACGUUGCCUCUGCUCUCCUCCUGUUUGGAUGUUUUGUUUCCUGGAAGAGAAAAGACUGACGCUCUCUCUUCCCUCCUCUCAGCAGUCUGUACUCCAGUGCUGACGAGCAGCAGCUGUCCGUAUCGUUCCACCUCCAGUAAUAACGUCUCAACAGUUUGUCCUGGCAUUUACCAUAGGACUGCUUCCAUUAUGGGUUUUGUAACAUCAGUUUGCUUUAUUUACAAAAAUGAAUCCUUCUUGUACCCCUCCGCCCCCCCUCUGUGCUGAAAUAUAUAUAUAUAUAUAUAUAGAUAUAUAGGUAUAUAUUUAUAUGGUCAUGCUUAGUAACCAUAUAUCUAUAUAUAUAAAUAUAUAUAUAUCUAUGUAUGUAACACAGAGGUAAAAUUGUUGUGUAUUUUUGCCUCUUUUUAUUUAAGCAAUUGUGAUGUAAUAGGUUUUAGGCCUAAGGUCUGUUAUUGCAAUACUUUUACAGAAAAGCAGAAAAAAAAAAGUCAAAAAAUGUCGCUCUAAGUGCUGUUGUAGUCAAAGAUUUUAUGCUUGUACUUAUGCUGUAGUCAGACUGCAGCGUAACAAAUAAAACUUUAAAAGUGA